UCAAAAUCGGAUAAAUACUGUAGAAGGCAGCGUUGGGAUGCCAAAAGGAAUUGAUCUCAACACAACUUGUGAUAUCUCAAAUGUUAAUCGUUAAAUGGCGAUGAAGAAACCUUAAUUUUGUUAUAGUGGCAUGCAUGUGCUUAAUAGAAAGCAAAUCUCAGUCCAUUAAUCCGGGACAUUUAGGCGAUAUGUGCGGGUUGAUUUACCAAAUCCUACAACCUAUUCCCUACCCAAAAGGGGGUUGCCAGAGAUUAACAAACCCGAAAAACUCUACAACAAAACUUUCCUUUCUCUUUUACGUAAAAGCACGCCCACGCCGAUUAAUUCCACUAAUGUACUCGUUUACGCGAUAAUAUCGACCCCCCCACCCCCAAAGUAAAAGAAUCUUAAAUACAAUUUAAACGCGAGAAAGCUCAUCAAUUAUUCAAAUUCAAUUUCGUUCCCGGCAAUUAAUAACUCAAUUUCGAUUUUUCGGGCACGUAAGUCGAGGUGCUUUCCAGUCUCUUUUAGACUAAUGGCGUAAUGAAUCCAUUAAGGACGGGAAAAAGGGAGAUUAUCGGAUCAGCGUUUCGCUUCCGGCGGACCUUUCUGAGGUUAACCUCAGCCAUUUACCCUCAUAAAGCUCAGAAAUAUUGUUGGGGCGAUGUAGCGUGUUUUGCGUAAACAAAACUGAAUUUCAGCGUUUUCAGAUAGGAAUAUAUUAUGUCUCCACACUAUAAACUGAUAUAUUUUAAUGCGCGAGGUCGUGCCGAGCACAUACGUUUGAUAUUUGCAUAUUCGGGGAUCGAGUACGAAGAUUACAGGGUCCCGAAGGAGAGGUGGCCGGAAUACAAGAAAAAGACGCCUUUCGGGAUGUUGCCCAUUCUGGAAAUCGAUGGAAAGGUCGUGUCGCAAAGUAACGCGAUCGGUAGAUAUCUAGCCAAACAGCACGGUCUUGCGGGCAAAGACGAAUGGGAAGCUUUACAGUGCGAUGUCCUUGUCGACACGCUCGGAGAUCUCAAACAAGUCCUUUGGAAAUACAGAACGGAGCAGGACCCAAUCAAAAAAGAGGAACGCAAAGUGAAACUAAUGAAGGAAACAAUUCCGUUCUAUUUAGCAAAAUUCGAAAAGGUCGUGGCCGACAACAACGGCUACUCGGUCGGUUCUGCUAUUACCUGGUGCGAUUUCGUGUUCGCCGUGUCCCUCGAAAAUUUUGAACUGAUCUUCGGCAAGGCGUCGCUGGACCAGUACCCGGCGCUCAAGGGACUCAAGGAGAAGGUCUACAGCAUACCGAGCAUAGCGGCGUGGUUCGCCAGACGACCGACAACUGAAUUCUAAUCAAAAUUUUAAUUUGUUUAAUGUAGUAGGUACUCUGGACCACGGACACGCAAUAUUAGGAAUAAAUGAGACACAUUAUUUUUUUGGGAUUACUAGAGAUACGCUUCGUAAUGGUGGUAGAUGAUUGUUAAAGGAUGUUACCGUAACAGUGUAUAUAUGUUCCAUUUAUCGAUAAGUUUAAUAAAG